AUGGGCUGGGUACACAAUGCCUCGCCCGAGGUAGAAGCUGCAUCGCAGUACCCUCUUAUUCUUGGAAUCAACUACGCGGGACGUCCUUUUUACCAACUCGGCAUCGCUGGUUUUAAGGCUUCGCUUUGCCUCAGCUAUCUGCGAUUGAUCUCAGGAACCUCAAAGCGUCAUUAUCGAAUUGUCAUUUGGAUUGUGAUUGCAGCGUCUACGUUAGGUCACCUCGCUGGCGCGCUUAGUUUGCUCUUCAAUUGCACACCGGUAGGAAGAGCCUCCACCAGGGCCGCGCGCGACCACACGCUGACAACUAUUCGCCCACAACAGAUCCGAAAAUCAUGGAACAUUCGUGUACCAGGCAAAUGUCUUCCCGUGGGAGGGCUAUUCUACGGUCUCGCGAUUUACACCAUCAUCACAGAUGUGAUCAUUAUUGUGCUCCCCAUUCCGUUGCUCCUCGGUCUCAAUAUCAAACUCGCACAAAAGGCCGGUGUUGUGUGCCUUUUCCUCCUCGGUCUCUUCACCACAGUCUGCUCCAUCAUGCGACUAACCCAAAUUCAACGUGUGGCGUUCGGAGACGGGAACUCAACAAUGCUUGUGUUGUGGGGAACGAUUGAAUUCAACGUGGGCAACAUUGUCACUUGCAUUCCAUACCUGGCGCCUCUACUGAAGGGCUUCGUCCGCGGAAUCGCUUCAAGUGGUGACAAAUCAAAGCAGUUUUACUAUGACAGUCAGGGCCGAAGCUACUUGAUGGAUAAUUGGUCGAAAGAUCCACAAUCGCACAUGCAGUCAACUGCUUCCGGCCAUAAAAAACCAAAACGAACACCGAGCGAGGAACUCAUUUUGGCCACUCAGGAACCAGAGCAUGGGGGUAUUGAGAAGACGGUUGAAUAUAGAGUUUCUUCGGAGGGAACGGCGCCCAAGUAG